AUCUGAAUUACGGAAGGUUGUCAAAUGCAACAGUGUUUUCAUUUAACUUGAAACAUUGCUGAAUCAUAGAAAACUAUUGUGACUAUUAACGAUAGUGUAUAGCUUCCGCGCGACAAACCUAUAUACUGGUACAUGGGUAACCUUACGUUGAGUAGGGAUUGUCCACUACCAACCAGUUUGAAUCCCAAAGCGCAUUACUGCAACUUCAAACGUGUAUACGGAUAAAGGGCUUUUACAGAGAUGGAGGAACUGUACAUUUUACAACGGGAAGUGGGCCGAGGAAGCUACGGCGUGGUGUUUGAGGGUCGCGAGAAAGGAGCCCACGGAGAGAGGGUGGCAAUCAAGCGUCUGCCGUGCAGCAGCCCCGAAUGCAUACAGCUGUACCUGCAGGAGCUGUGGGUCAUGAGAACUACGGCCCAGAGCCACCCCAACGUCAUUGCCCUGCACAGUUGCCUGGCACAGACCGGACCAAAUACGCUUCAGCUACUUAAACCCGGAAGACUACCUCUGGACUUGGUGGAGAGUGCACUAAAAGGCACCGUGCCUGCGGGUCAAAAACACAAUACCAAAAGCACAAACUCCAAUCUCCCCCGUUCCCGCAAGCGGCCAGCCGAGCAGUCGGUAGCCGAGGCCAUCCCUCGCCGUUGCUCAGCCCUGUGGCUGGUGAUGGAAUAUUGUGAAGGUGGCGACCUGAACAACUACAUACUGUCCCAGCCGCCAGACACGGAGCGCAACCACAGCGUGAUCGAACAACUCAGCAGCGCCAUGGCAUUCCUGCACGGGCUGGGUAUCGUGCACCGCGACCUCAAGCCGGAUAAUGUCUUGGUGCAACUCAGUAAAAUGGGGCCCGUCAUUAAGGUGGCAGAUUUUGGCCUCAGUAAGAUGACGGAGCGUCUUAUUGAAGGUGACAACACUCGGCCGGCGUUCUCCUCCACGUGCGGCUCCGAUUUCUACAUGGCCCCAGAGGUGUGGGCGGGACGCAACUACACCUCCCAGGCAGACAUCUUCUCCCUGGGGGUGCUCUUCUGGGCUGUCCUGGAGAGAAUCACCUUUCUGGAGGAUGGAUGUACCCAUGAGCAGCUCGGGGCGUACUUUGUGCGUGGCCGCUGGCUAACCCCCCUGGGCGAGGCGCUGUCUCAGAACCCCGCCCUGCAGCUGGUGAUCCCCAUGAAGGGCCGCCGAGCUCCGCCCCUGCCGCCUCCGCCCAACGCUGCCGUCUGCACCCUGCUGCUGCACAUGCUGGCCUCCGACCCGGACGCCAGGCCCAGCGCCCACCAGCUGGAGGGCAGCCUGCGUCACGCCCUCCGGCAGGGCUGAGAGGGGUAGCAACAUGCGGACGUUGGAGGAAGGACAUUACAGGACUCCUGAUGUCUAUUUUGUCUCUACUACCCCUCAGAUUUGACUAGUGGUCUGUGGUAUGGGGGUGGCUGUAUAUAAGGGAUUGAGUAAAGGGAUUCCUGCCAGCUUGGUUUACAACCACAAAUAUGUUGUGCCAUAUUUGAGAUGCUGGAUACUUGAUAGUCUGUGAGAUUUUAAAAGUGUUGAUCUACACUGUAUGUCAUUUCAGUGAUCAUGAUGGGUCCUGUUUGAUUUUUUGUUUUGUUCUAAUGAGCUUGGACGUAUUUAUUGAAGAAUGGAUAAUAAAGAUGUGUUUAUGUGAA